CGUGUUGGGCUUAUUUUGAUGACGUCAGACGCACGAUACCUUACGUUACCUCAGAGACAGUCAGUCAAUGGAGUCAAACGGUCACGCAAACGAGGCCAUAACAGGUUUAAACAGGAUUUCUACCCGAAAUAGCACAUAGCCCGCAGAUUGUUGCUUUUAGAACAGACAUGAAUGUGAGGGAGUAGAUUGUUAUUUUCUGCUCUGGGCUGCUGCUGGCGCGGGACAACAACGCACGAGCCCCUGCGGCUAACCAGCUAGCUAGCUGACUAGUCGUCUUUCGCCGAGCUCAAGGGCUGGAUUGCAAUUUAAAUGUAUAUGUUUACUGCAGUUAACUAUUUAAAGCGAUAAGGGAGCGUUUCAACCCUUCCUCCCGAAUACAAUGGCGGAACAGCAGGCUGCAGUGGUCGCGCAGCAGAACCUGGACAGGAGUUGCUGGGUGUGCUUCGCCACAGACGAGGAUGAUCGCACGGCAGAGUGGGUGCGACCAUGCCGAUGCCGUGGCUCCACAAAGUGGGUUCACCAGGCCUGCCUGCAGCGCUGGGUGGAUGAGAAGCAGCGCGGCAAUAGCACGGCGCGCGUGGCAUGUCCCCAGUGCAAUGCUGAAUACCUCAUCGUCUUUCCCAAAUUAG